AAUGCCCCUCUCUCCCUCCUCUCCAAACCCAAAAGUCAACAACGAUGGCUCCACCUCUCCCUCGCUUACUCCUCUUCUGUUCUCUCCUCCUCCUUUGCCUCACCAUCCCCGCUUUAGCCCACAGCGGCCACGACGACGACGACGAAACUGAACCCGCCACCAACGACAGCGAAACCCCGCAUGACCUCCGUUCGAGGCCUCUAAUACUAGUCAAGAUUUGGUGCCUCAUCAUAAUAUUUUUUGGGACGUUCGUACCCGGAGUUUCGCCUUAUUUCUUCAAGUGGAAUGAAGGGUUCUUGGUUUUGGGUACGCAGUUUGCUGGAGGUGUGUUUUUUGGUACGGCGAUGAUGCACUUUCUGAGUGAUUCCAAUGAGACUUUCAAGGACUUGACCAAAAAAGAAUACCCUUUUGCAUUUAUGUUGGCUUGUGGGGGAUUCUUGCUUACAAUGCUUGCUGAUUGUGUCAUUUCCUAUGUGUUCCUCAAGAAUAAGAGCGGUGUGUCUGCUGCUGAUCUUCAGGUUCAGGGUAAUAUUGAGCAGGGAAAGGGUGGUCAAUAUGGCACUCAGAGCCAUAACCACUUUGCAAAUGCAGUGGUUGCAAGCGCUACUUCACUUGGGGACAGCAUCUUGUUGAUAGUAGCCUUGUGUUUCCACUCUGUGUUUGAGGGCAUUGCAAUUGGAGUUGCUGAGACUAAAUCCGAUGCUUGGAAAGCCUUAUGGACAAUUUCUCUUCACAAGGUAUUUGCGGCCAUUGCCAUGGGCAUUGCUCUCCUUCGAAUGAUGCCUAACCGUCCCUUCUUAUCAUGCGCUGCCUACGCUUUUGCAUUUGCUAUUUCAAGUCCUAUUGGUGUGGCAAUCGGAAUCCUAAUAGAUGCGACAACCCAAGGAGCUGUGGCUGAUUGGAUAUUUGCGAUUUCAAUGGCUCUAGCAUGUGGAGUGUUCAUAUACGUAGCAAUAAACCAUUUAUUGGCAAAGGGCUAUACACCCGACAGAGCAGUUUCAGUUGACAAGCCCCAGUACAAGUUUCUGGCAGUUUUGUUGGGCAUUGGGGUAAUAGCUGUUGUGAUGAUUUGGGACACUUGAAGUCAUUGUUCGUGCAUGAUUUGUUUGUGGAAGAUUGCGUUCGGAAGUAUAGAUUCGUUAGUAGCAAGGCAAAGGGUUGAUAUAUGUGAUUUUGGUUUUAUUUUGAUUUUUGCAAUCAUAAGUUAUUAGUUCAGGAUGGAGAGCAGUGUUGUAAUGAUCGCCAAAUGUUUUUAAUUCGUAUGCAUAUUGAUACAGUUAUAAACAGAUGCUUUCCGGGUUUAUAUAUAUAAGCAAUAUUUGGGGCA